AAGAAGAAAGAAUUAAAAAAAAUGAUGCAAAAAAUGUACAAAGAGAUGAUAUCAACCAAUACUCGAAAAAAAAAAAACUGAAGACUUCAAAGGAAUAAGAAGUAGAGAAAGUUAGAAGAUAAUCCAGUUAUUAUCUAUUUCUUUUAGGAUAAUAUUAUUAUAUUAAAUUUUUUAAUUCCAACUUAUUUUCUAUUUCAAAGAAUUAUACCAAGAGCAAACUUAUUGUCUGAGUUUGAAGAUUAUUUGCUAAGAAGUACAAGGGAGAAUGUGAUGAAAGGAAUAAAACAGGAUGGUAGACAAAUGGAAAUUGGUGAGUCAAGCAAUUCUGCCACAAGAAUUUCUGAAAAAAUAGUAAGGACAAUUGAAGAAAGCCAAGAAAAUAUUUUCACUUUAGCUCAAAGUCAAGAAAUAAGGAGGACAGGAAUUAGAAGACAAAAUGGUGCAAAUCCCUUUGAUGUUCCACAGAGAUCAACAAGAAAAAGACAAAGAGAAGCUAGCAACAAUGUUGAACAAAGAAAUGUUUUGAUUGAUUUUGGUCCUCCAAUAUACAUUUGUACAAAGUGUGGAGCAUGGCAUUGGAUCCAGGAGAAAAUAAAAAAGGACAGAAGACAGGGACCUUUUCGCUUCAAACUAUGUGGACAAUGUUGUCAUAGAAUUGGAUCACUUUUACCUCCUGAAGGUCAGAAUCCAACAUUUGCACAACUUUAUGUUUUUGAUACAGAUAAUGAAGUCCAUAAUAGAUUGAAUGUGGCCAACACAUCAACUGAUGAUGAUCCUUUGAACAAGGAGAUAGUUGAAGAUCUAAUAAAGAUGUUUGAUGAAUGCAACAAAUUAGUGCAAGUUUUCCAGAGAGCUAGAGAUACAUUGGUAGAAAAUGGAAUACCAGAAUUUCAGCUUAAAUUAUUAAGUGGUGGAGGACCUGGUGAUCAUCAAUAUUCUGCACCAGAAAUGGCAGAAACUGUUGGAUUAAUAAUCGGAGCUGAAGAAGAGAUCGUGCAGGGCCGAGAUGUGAUCAUUCAACAUAGGAAUGGUACUAUGAAAAGAAUUAAUUCAUCUUUUCCAUACUACAUGGCUUUACAGUAUCCUAUUUUAUUUCCCUAUGGUGAAGAAGGAUAUAGAAACAAUUUAUAUGAAGUUGAUGAGAAUGGGAAUCAAACAAAUGACAGGAUCUCAAUAUGUGAUUACUACAGAUAUUAUUUUUAGUUUAGAGUUAAUGAAUGGAACACAAUCAUGUAUGGUGGUAGAUUAUCUCAGUAAUUUGUUGUGGAUGUAUACUGUUGUGCUGAAGAACAGCGAUUAUUAUAUCAUCGUCUCAACCAAAGUCAAUUGAGAACAGAAUUUUACAAUGGUCUGGUGGAUGCAGUGAACAAAGGGGAUACAGAUGGUAAAACAAUUGGGAAGAAAAUCAUAUUACCAUCAAGUUUUACUGGUGGACCAAGAUACAUGCAACAGCUGUAUCAAGAUGCAAUGUGCAUUUGUCAACAUUUUGGCAAUCCAGAUUAUUUUCUUACAUUCACUUGCAAUAGUCAUUGGAAUGAAAUUAAAGAAGCUUU